GUGCCUGCCCCUCGCCGCGGCCCCGCCGAGCCCCGUCGGCCGUACCGCAGCCGCCCGCUAUGGGAGCGGGGAGCCGGGAGCCGAGGGAGCGGGCGGCCGCGGGUGCCCGGCGCCGCCGCCGUCGGCCGGGAGCGGGGGGCGAGAGCACCCGGAGGGGGACCGCUGAGGGGAGAGCCGGCGCUGGGAAGGGGAAGAGAGGUGCUGGGAGGGAAGAGGAGGGCAGGGAAGGGCUGAAAGCCCGGGUAUGGCAGAGCCCCUGAGCCCCUGUGCCCCCCGGGGCCAGUGUCAAGCAAACAUGGGCGCCAAUGCCUCGUCGUCCAACAUGGACGCCAACGCCUCAGCUGCCUCCGCGCUGGUGGGUGGCAGCUCGUGGAGGAGCCGGGAGCCCUUCUCCAUCUUCACAGUCCUCAUCCUGACCUUGCUGGUGCUCCUGACCAUCGCCACCUUCCUCUGGAACCUGCUGGUGCUGGCGACCAUCCUGCGGGUGAAAGCUUUCCACCGGGUGCCCCACAACCUCGUGGCCUCCACGGCAGUGUCGGACGUGCUGGUGGCAGCCCUGGUGAUGCCGCUGAGCUUGGUGAAGGAGCUGUCGGCCGGGCGGCGGUGGCGGCUGGGCCGGGAGCUGUGCCUCGUGUGGGUCUGCUUCGACGUUCUGUGCUGCACGGCUAGCAUCUGGAACGUGACCGCCAUUGCCCUGGACCGCUACUGGUCCAUCACCCGCCACCUGGAGUACACACUGCUCACUCGCCGCCGCAUCUCCAACGUCAUGAUUGCUCUCACCUGGGCGCUCUCAGCUGCCAUCUCCCUCGCCCCCCUCUUUGGCUGGGGGGAGAGCUACAGCCCUGAGCAGGAGCGCUGCCAGGUCAGCCAGGAGCCCUCCUACACCAUCGUCUCCACCGGCGGAGCUUUCUACCUGCCCCUCUGCGUGGUCCUCUUUGUCUACUGGAAGAUCUACAAGGCGGCCAAGUUCCGCAUCGGGGGCCGCAGGAGGAAUGCUGUGGUGCCCCUGCCCGAGGCUGCCCAGGUGAAGGAAGCUUCGCAAGAACCACAGAUGGUGUUUACAGCUCGUCAUGCAGCUAUCACUUUCCAGACAGAUGGAGAAACAUGGAGGGAACAGAAAGAGAAAAAGGCAGCUUUGAUGGUUGGCAUCUUAAUUGGAGUUUUUGUGCUGUGCUGGAUCCCUUUCUUCAUCACAGAAUUAAUAAGUCCCCUCUGUUCCUGCAACAUCCCACCCGUCUGGAAAAGCAUCUUUCUUUGGCUUGGCUACUCCAAUUCUUUCUUUAAUCCUCUCAUUUAUACAGCAUUUAACAAAAAUUACAACAAUGCCUUCAAGAACCUUUUUGUAAAGCAGAGAUAAAAGGGGACACGGAGGAGAAAAUGAUUCCUUUAUUGCAUAAUGCAGAGAUUUCUCGAAGGAGAUGUGUCUGUGAUACAUGCAGUUUUCAAGCGCAAGAGCUACUUAAGAGGAUUUAGCAACAGUGAAGAAGCUGGAAGAUGGUUGGAUAGAAACCUACUGACAGUUUGCAGUUGUCUUUUGGAAAUACGUAUAUGCUGCUCCAGGGUUUGGCAAAGAAAGAAGCAGUGAACAUUUCCCUUCUUUUCUCUGAAGGGACGUGGGCUGAAGUCUGCAAGCAAAACACUGUUUGUGUCAAAUACCGUGACUGCUAAAGCCAACCAGAGUGAUCCCAGCCAGGCAAACACAGGUGAUGUCCUGCAGCCUGCUCCAUCUUAGCAAAGGCACCAAGGGACUGCUAAGGAAGCAACACUGAAAUGUUUGAGAUGUGGGCAGGAUACUGGCUUCAUUCUUGAGAUUGGUUUGGAAAGGAGGGAAUAAACAUGCUACAUUCAACCCAUAGCUUAAUUUAUGUGAAAUUAAGAGGGGUGACUAAGCAGCCCCAUACCACACCUGAGCAUAACCGAAGGGCUGUGUUCUCUUGCAAGCAGCAGCUCUCAGCAGGAAGUCCUGGUGAAGUAAAGGUCAGUUAUGUCCCCUGGGGUUAAGUGAAGCUUUAGAGCCAAGUGUAAAGCUGUUCAGAGGUAGGUGACAAACUAGGAAUGUCUGCGCUGCCCUGUCUGGGAUCCUUGCACCAUAGAUGUUGUACUCAUCACCCUAACCAAGUGAAUUCCACUAUGUGUCAUUUUUCAUCAACUUUCUCCUGCGAGACAGGUAUUGAUAGCAUCAGGUCUAAGUGACCCCCCAAAAAA